UUUUCUCGGCCACCUCGUACACGUCAUGCAAACUGCAGACUGAAGGCUGUGCGCAUGCGCUCGCAGAUCUCUUUCGGCAUCUGAGGUUGGACGUCUCUGAACGACAAUGAAGACGCUGCUGUUGCUCGCUGUUUUGGCCUUAUUCAGUCUGGGUUCCACAGAGGAAGGAGCCCGUCUGCUGGCCUCCAAGUCUCUUCUGGACCGCUAUGCCGUGGAGGGCCGUGACCUCACCUUACAGUACAACAUCUACAACGUUGGCUCCAGUGCUGCCCUCGAGGUGGAGCUUUCCGAUGAUUCCUUUCCCCCUGAAGACUUCGGAAUUGUUUCAGGAAUGUUGAACGUGAAAUGGGACAGGAUUGCCCCAGCCAGUAAUGUCUCUCACACGGUGGUGUUGCGUCCACUUAAAGCUGGUUACUUCAAUUUCACCUCUGCGACUGUCAGCUACCUGGCCCAGGAAGGAGGCCAAGUUGUGGUUGGCUAUACCAGUGCUCCAGGUCAGGGAGGCAUCUUGGCUCAGCGCGAGUUUGACCGCCGCUUCUCCCCUCAUUAUCUGGACUGGGCUGCAUUCGGUGUGAUGACUCUGCCCUCCAUCGCCAUUCCUCUGCUUCUCUGGUACUCAAGCAAGAGGAAGUACGACUCACCGAAGGCCAAGAAAAACUGAUGCAGUGACAGGACGGGGGUGGGUUUCAGGAAGGGUUAGGGUUAAGGUAAAGGAGGUCAAAGGGUUAUGUGGGCAUGGAAACCUCAGAGUAACUUAUUGACCCAUAUUGGGGUGAAAAGUGACACAAAGAACAGUGACCAAGAUUUGUGACUGUGAAAAUCAGUAAGUAGGACAACAGCAAAAUAAAAGCAAAAAAUCUGUACGUCAUCUACAGGAGCACAAACACUCUGUGCCUGCCAACAGCUAAAGACAGGAGCGUUAACAUCUGCAGCCGAUUAUUCCUCAAUAUUUGGAAAUGUCUUCACUCGACCGAGCAGUUACACUCGUAGAAUGAUGGUGUACCUGUCGUCUUUACAGUUUUGUCACCGUGCAAAAAAGGGUAAAUAAAGAAAGUGGACGUUUUUCUAAAA